AUGAAUGGACUCUAUAAUGAUGCCAACGGUACAAGUCAUCGAGCUCGUAUUCCAAGUACUCACAAUUGGCAAUUCAAAUUGAAAUCAUUAUCAUCAUUGUUAUACUCGCUUGAUGUUGCAUUCGGAGUUUUUACUGAAAAACUUGAAAAUGAUCAAGUACGAAUUGAACGACGUAUUUUUGCUUCACAAGAAUAUAUCGAACUGUUACUUGCACAUGUGGUCAUUACUCGAUUGACAUCGAAAGGUCAUCCAAUUAUUGUGCCAGUGGAAGUCAAUGAACAAACGACCAGCAUCGAUUUCGAUCUUCAUGUUUCGUCUCGUGAUGAUAAACAUGUACUUCUAUCGGGAACGACACGAGAAGUGGAGAAUAAUCUCUUUCAAAGCAAUCGACUGUCCCUAUUUAUGUAUUAUACACCAUUACCAAGCAACAGUUUUCAACUUAGCGCACAAGAAACCAGUCGAACUUAUCUUUCGCUUCCGCCAUUAUCCACACGUAGUGAACCUAAGCAAUUCUACAGAGUCAGUCCGAGUAGUCUAUCUCGUGGUGGUCGUCUGAGUGAAGAUUAUGGUGGUCAUUCAUUUUGGGAUACAGAAACAUGGAUGUAUCCAUUGAUUCUUCUCUUCUAUCCAACAUUAGCUAGAGAGAUUCUUUCAUAUCGCAUCGCUCUACGUGAUGCAGCCAUGUACAAUGCUAAGCUAUUUGGUUAUGUAGGAUGUAGGUAAGAUUUGUGAUUAGUUCAUUUUGGUCUAUGCUAUGGGCCCGUAGGUAUCCUUGGGAGAGCGCACGAACAGGAAUCGAUGUAACUCCGGAUUGUUGUCCGGAAGUUGGUCUCUAUCAGAUGUAUAUCACUGGCGAUAUAGCUUUUGCCGCAAGACAAUACACUGCCGGAACACAUGAUCAGUUGUGGUUAAAGAACAAAAUGGGUGGUGAUCUCAUCUAUGAAAUAGCACGAUUUGGGGUGUCGAGAGCAGUAUACAAUCCAGACCGGAAACAAUACGAAAUCUUGAGUAAAUUAUUUUGUUUUUGAUGUAUGCUUAAUCACAUCGGAUUGUGUUUAUGCAUCGGUAUUGCCACCUGAUGAAGAUGCCCAACCGUUGAAGAAUAAUUCAAUCUUUACGAAUGCUGUUGCUUAGCUUUCCGUUCAAUUAGCAGAUCGAAUCAGUUGUAUAACUGAAAAGCCAGUGCCUCAAGCAUGGCUCGACAUAGCCAAUAAUCUUUAUUUUCCAUUCGGCAAUGUCACUCAAAUUCAUCUUGAAUAUGAAAAUUUCAAUACUAGUAUGCCAAUCCGUACCUCAGUUCUCUUGAAGAAUUUUAGAUGAUUUGAUCAUUCUAAUUAGGAUUUGCAUGAGAAUGAAAUUGUUUUU